UACACGCCCUAAUUCGAGGUUUCCGCCACAUACGAAAUCGACGCCAGAAAUCUUCUCCUAGAUGAGCGUGUUCGGCGGAGACAACUGGGCUCGUGAGGCUCAAUACCGGAAGAGAAGAGUCGACGAUUUACUUUUCGAAGGCCUCGACGCUUCUGCUUACAAGAAACUUUCCAAUGGAAAAUUCACUUGCCUUGUUUGCCCUCACAACCCUGUAUUCGACACCCCGCUUUUGCUCUCCAUGCAUGGAAGAGGUUCACGCCAUAAAGCUGCAGAAUCAAAGAAGAAGGAGAGAGAAUUAUGGAGACAAGAAGAGAUAAGUAAGAGAUUAGCAUUGUCAAAGUGUGAUACGUCCACCUCGGGCAGUAAUGUAUCUCAUGAACAAUGUAGAAACGGGAAGAAACCGUUGAUUGAGCGCACACGGAAGGCAGCUUCUGAGAUAUUUUCUAAUGAUAUCAUUGAACAGAGGAAUAAAUGUAGGAAACCGGAUGGUGAAUCUGUGAUUAGUAGUUUUGUAUAUGGUCAAUCUACUGAAAUGGAGGUGCCUCGAAAGGAAGUAGUUGUUGAUCAGGUGCAACAAUUGGAUUAUAGAGAGCGUCAAGAGAGGGAACUGAAGUUCAGGCUGCUGGCUGGAAGCGUGACUGCCAUGGCAGGUGGUUUAAGGAUGAAAAUGUUGAGUUUGAGUCUGAUGAAGAAGAUCCGAAUGUCGUCUUAAAGGGUAACUGAGGAGUAUCAUUAAUAGAUAUCUGCAAAUUAUUUUUUGUAUAUGACUGACGACAUUGUAACUGGUUGUGUGCAUUUUUCGUCCGUUAAGAUGCAAACAUAUUGGCAUCAUAUGCAUCUAGGAAAUGACCAGCAAUUACAUUCCUUGCUGAUGUGUCCCAUCACAAUUUGUAUAUUACGUGGAAACUAUUCUCAGCCUUGCUAACUGAAUAUUGACAUGUGACAAUUAGAUGAGUUUGGUCUUGUUGUAUUCUUUCUCUCAAUGUCAUUUUGAGCUUCUUUUGGGCAUAUAUGCUUUGAGGUUGGUUGACUAAGCUCGAAGUGUUUUGGUACUAGUCGAACAAGUUUGAAAACUUUUUGAUGAGAAUGGAUUUCAACUAUUUCUGUU